CAGACACUGAAUGCACUUCAUCAGCUGAGGCGGAGACGACGAGGAAGAAGCUGUCAAAACAUUGCAAGGCCCUUUUGAGUCGGCAUUUAAACAUGAAUUGGCUAUGGUCCAAAUGUGCACCUUACAUUAAUUACAUAUGCAUUUAAGGAGUACAUAAACCUCUGCAAUGUCUCACCCUGAGCAUCUCAACGUGAGCCCCUGGGGCUUGUCUGAGUUUUUGGUCCAGAGGAGGCUGCUUGGCUUUGGGGCGCUGCUGGCCUGGAUAAUCUUGUUCCACCUGCUGGUCAACAUUUGGCUCCUGUGUGUCUUCACAAGCCUCUUAGUGGUCUUAGGUGGUUGGCUUGGUUCCCAGGCUGUCCUAGACUCAGACAGCGUUGUUCACCUAGAGCGCUUUUUUAGGCUGGAGGAGAUCCCGCACAGUGCCGAGAGCGAGCAACAACUGGAAGAUGAGAUCCAGAAGACAGUUGGCAAGAUCAUACGUGACUUUGUCACCUCAUGGUACAGCACCAUUUCCAAAGAAAAAGAGUUUGAGAAUGAGGUGCACAAUGCCAUGAUCUCCAUGGCAUUGGAGCUGAAGGGUCGAGUGGCAAGAGUUGAUAGGAAAGCUUUAUCUCAGAGGGUUUUAGACCUAUCUGGAUGCCACAUUCAGUGUUAUUCGAGUACCAAGGAAGCCAAUAAACAUCAAGGGGUGGACAAAGAUGGAGAUCUCUGGGAGGCGUACAGCAAACUCUGCCCUCUUCAUCCCGCUCUUCAGAGCUCUGCUGUCGAGGUGAAUUACGUACGGGCUAUUGUAGAUCUGCUUCUCCAUGUUCUUGUACCUCCUCCACAUUUAGAAACCCGCACAGGUCGAUUUGUGGUGGGCGAACUUAUAAUGUGCAACGUUCUGCUGCCUUUAAUUGCAAAACUGUCCGACCCGGACUGGCUAAACAUGUUGAUUGUAAGCAUCUUCUCUAAAUCCAGCGAACCAGCCCCAGAGCCAGAACCAGUAGAAGUUCAAGCUCCACCACAAGUUGUAUCUCCUCAAGAAAACACACCGCAAGAGCUUGAAAUUCCUUGCGUUCUGGCCCUAAAAGUCACCCCAGAGACCCCUACAGCAAUGGAGGCCCCAACACCAGAACUUGCUGAUGUCAUUGACUCCGCUGAUCUUUAUUCUCCACACAACCUGGAGGAAGACGAACCACGGUUGACCAAACCGUUUCCGUUGGGUUUUAGCCCCAGGGAUUAUCUGAGACUCGGUAAACCCAAUCCGUUCUAUCAAGAAACCGACUCUGAUUUGGAAUCUCCUCUAACGGAUUUCAAGCAGAGCUCCCUAGAAUCGCUGGUUCUGAUUGGUUCAGAGGAGACUCUUUCUGAAAGACUUGCCGAAUGCACCACUCCAGUUGACGCUGUGUUAGACCUCGAGGAUGAACUUCCAACUUACACCAAUAUGACAGAGAAGGAGCUAUCAGUACAUUCCGCAGGUGUGUCCGAGGAAGAGCCAUCAAGCUUUUGCACUGUCCAGCCGCUGGAGAAGAGUAACUCGAGUGCAGACCAGCCAGGCCUGGUGAACCCCAGUGAGCUGGCUUUGACUGCACCCGUCCAGGCUUCUUCACCAGCUGGGAUGGCAUCCCUGGCACCUUUUAACUUCGAGCCCCUCAGCAGCCCAGAGGGUCCGGUCAUUAUCCAGAACCUCCGCAUCACUGGCACCAUCACUGCUAAGGAGCACCGAGGCUCUGGCUCACAUUCCUACACUCUCUACAGCGUAAAGUAUGAGACAGCCAUGGACUCUGAGAAUCCUGAAUCUUUGCAGCCCUUGGCCUAUCACACCGUCAGCCGACGCUACAGCGAGUUCCUCAACCUUCAGACCCGUUUGGAGGAGAAACCAGAAUUACGCAAGAUUCUUAAAAAUGUGAAAGGACCAAAGAAAAUAUUUCCUGAGCUUCCAUUUGGAAACAUGGACAGUGACAAAGUCGAGGCCAGGAAAGGUCUAUUGGAAACAUUCCUUAGACAACUUUGUGCCAUUCCUGAAACGGCCAACAGUGAGGAAAUGCAAGAAUUUCUCGCUCUAAACACUGAUGCAAGAAUUGCCUUUGUGAAGAAACCCUUCAUUGUUUCACGCAUAGACAAGAUUGUGGUGAAUGCUAUAGUGGACACCCUGAAGACGGCCUUCCCUCGCUCAGAACCACAGAGUCCUACUGAUGAAAUUGACGCAGAGCCUGAUGGGAAAUUGUCCACUGACAAGAAAUCCAAGUCUCGAAUGAGAUUCUCUAGUAAAACUGCCCCUGCUCUCAACGUGUCUGACAUGAAACCCAAAGUGCUUUACUGCUUUGAUGAAAGCAGCUCUGUUUUCAAUGGCUUCUCGUUGAAUGAGCUGGAGAGCUUCAUCUCAGAGAAGGAGCGUUUUGAGGCUAAAGCAUGGUUUGAUGGUGAUGCAGAGAGAAGUGGAGCACCUAAAUGGGAUAUGAAAACAUGCGUAUGUGCCAAAGCACAGCUACAGAAUGCACCCGCCUUCAGUGACUCUGCUAGUGAAAUGGCUCUAUCUGACCAGGCCCUGAAUAUCCUGUGUGUGCUAAUGAAGGAUCAGUGGAGCUGGCUCUGCACAGAGAACAUCCAGAGGACCAUCAGACUGCUAUUUGGGACCCUCAUUGAAAGGUGGCUGGAGGUGGGUGGUGUUAACCUGACCUGUACGCAGUAUUGGGUGAUUUAUCUGCGGGUGCUGCAGGAGGCCAUCUGGCCUGGAGGAAGUCUGCCGGCUCAAACCAGACCCCAACGCAGCCAGCAGCAGAAAGACGAGAGCAGAGCGCAGGCUCUGCAGUGCCUUAUGAAACUACUGCCAGAUCUGAUCUCUGAUAUGCUGGGCUCUGAGAAGUACAAGAUAUCUUGGCAGACGGUUGUGGAUUCUUUUCAGGACCCCACCAUAAACAGAGGGGGGAAGGCAGCAAGGCAUGUCCAAAUCCAGUGUCUGCGUAACAUCCUGUCCACUAAGAAACCUUAA